AUGCCACGUAAGCUACGUAAGAAUAUACGUAAGAGGAAGAGAGCAUUGAAACAUCCAAUAGUAAAACUGACACCACAACAACAGUUGCAACAACAAAUGAUGAAUGACCCCACUAUGUUGCAACAAAUGUCAAGCAACCCUAUGCUUUUAAACCGAGUUAUUGGUGCACAGAGUGGAGGUUUAAGAGCGGCACUUUUAGCGAAAAUGGCAGGCUAUGGUGGAGCUGCAGACGGAACAGCUUAUAACCCUCAAAGUCAAAUGAAUUUGAGUUCACUCAAAAAUCAAAUAACAGAUGUCAAAAAGUCAAACAUAGACAUACAGAAACAAAUAAGUGAAAACGAAAAGAAACUAGAAUAUGACAGACACACAAAGAAACUCAAUGAGUUAAACGUAGAGAAAAAGAAGAAAGAAGAACAACUGAAAGAACUAAGUACAGAGGAAUAUGCGAAAAAAGUGUCAGAAAAAGCAGCAGAAGUAGCAAAAAUGGAACAAGAUGUUAUAAAUUUGAAAAACCAUACUACUCAAUAUAAA